AUGCCUGGGGAUUUGAACUUGAAGAAGUCGUGGAACCCCGCGUUAGUCAAAAAUCAAAAGAAAGUAUGGGAGAAAGAACAAGAAGCCUUGAAAGAACUCAAGGCCAUCAAAGAGCGGUCCAAGGAGAUUGAGAGGGAGAGGGAGAAGGAAGAGAUGAUAAGACUACAAUACGGCAAUGACCCCGACGCCUUACCUCAGGACAAGAAGAUCGAGCUAAAUAAGCUUGCUUGGAUGUACCAGGACGGCCCAAAGAAGGAUAGCGACAAAGUAAACGAGUCCGGCUUCCGUGAGGUUGAAGAAGACUUUCUACUGAAGCAAGAGAGCGUCGAACAAUUGAUGAAGGGUAGUGUUCCUGUGAAGAAUAAGAAACCAAAGUCGACAAGUGCAUUUGAUCGCAUAACAAAUGUUGGUAAAACCGGUUCUUCACUGGCUCUCUCUGACGAUCCGCUAUUAGCUAUCAAACGGGAGCAAAGAAAACAGACGUUCGAGGAUCGUGCCGCUAGCAGGGACAGAUCACAUAAGCUGUCCAAGCAUCGCCAUAAGAGCUCAAGGUCAGAUAGAGAGCGUUCUCCGAGCCGAAGAAGUCGGGAAGAACACCUGGACAGACAUAGACAUAGAGGGAAGCAUGAAAGCCGUUCUGACGAGAGAAAAGAGACACUGAGACCCAAAGCACUGAUAAAUUAUUAG